AUGGACCCACUUCUAAACUUCAACCCAAAAAGCGUGGAAGAAGUUUUCUUGCAAUUCAAGGGUCGAAGGACUGCCUUACUCAGCGCUCUCACUAAGGCUCAGAAUUGGAAGCUUUGCCUUAUUGGACAUCCGGGUGAACGAUGGGAAGUGAAUAUUGCAGAAGAAGAAAUGCAUGUAGUGCUUCCUCAACCCCUUAGGGGCAUUAACUUUGGUCGAGAUAGAAUGGACAAAAGGGAGUGGCUUACUAUGCUUGCACUUCACAGUGACACAUGGCUACUUCGUGUUGCAUUCAAUUUUAGUUCAAGAUUUCGCCAUGACAAGGCUGAUAGGAGUCGGCUUUUCGAUAUGAUAAAUGAACUCCCUACCAUUUUAGAAGUUGUGUCUGGGAAAGCUGUGGAACCACCAAAACACAACCCAAAACUGCGCAAUGAUGACAGCAAUAAGCCAAAGAUAGGAGGAAAACAUGUGAAUGUAUCACCAACUGGUGGAAGUGUUUUGGAUGGACAAAACAUGCAUGAAUUGAAGGAAACUUUCGAGAAUUAUAUUAGCUUCAAUAUUUCAUAA